AUGGGGGCGGUGCUGGGGGAGGGGGCGGUGCUGGAGGAGGGGGCGGUGCUGGAGGAGGGGGCGGAGGCAGGCAGCGUGGCCACGUGCCCCCCGGUCCGCGUGCGGUACGGGGACGAGGGCGUGUCCUACCUCCGCGCGUCCUGGACGUAUCAGCUUCGACGUGGCGACCAGCUGGGGAUUUGCUUCGCUUGCUUCAAGGCUGCCUUCCUGGAGCUCAGAGACUCGACUCGCCGGGAGUCGGAAGACUGGGAGGAGGAAGCGAUGGACCCCACCGAGGCGGGGCCUGAGCAGGGCUGGGGCCCGGGGAUGGGGCUGAGCUGGGGGCAGGGCCAGGGUCACCCCGCCCGGGAGGGGUCUGUGGAGUGGGGGUCGGCCCCCCCGGGGUCGGAGGAGGAGGGCCCGGACCACCACUUCGCGCCCACCGAGCUGGAGCCUCAGGACGCAGCACCCCUGGGCCUGGGCCCCGAGGACGCUGACUGGACCCAGAGCCUCCCCUGGAGGCUCGGGGGGCCCCCGCCUGUGCACACUGGCCGAGGCCCCCUCCUCCGUGGCAGGGGUUUCUCAGAGUGGACCUGCCCCCGGGGGAGCCCACGGUGUUGGAGCUGGGCACCACGCGGGCCGUGGACCCCGCCGAGGCCGAGGCCGAGGCCUGGUUAAGGGACGCGCAGCGCCUCUCCGUGGCGGGCUGCUGCGAUGCCGUCUACCUCCGGAAGACGACGCCGGGGUGGGUCCUGCGGAAAGUCCUGGAAAGUCCUGGAAAGUGCUGCUGGAGCCCGAUGAGGUGUGGGUGGUGGGACUCCAAGACGCACCCCAGAAGCAGGACCUGCACCAGUGGAAGCGGAGCGUUCUGGAGUCCUCUCCUCCGGGGCAGGACGAGGAGCUGGUCCCUGCGGACACAGCCCUGCUGAAGAGGGGACUCGCCAUCCUCUCUUCUUCCCCCUGGGCCAAGGCGGGGGCGGGGGAGGGGGCCCCCGCAUCGCCCGGGCCCCCGGCCUCCUCCUGCCACGGGUGGGAUCCCGGCACCACCGAGCCCGGGAGCAGCGGGCCCAGUGGGGGGAGCCUGGCUGCCGUGGGAGCCUCGGCCCUGGGGGAGCUGGCCCGCUUCCAGCCCUUCGGCCGAGGGCCCCAGAACUGAGGGCCCGAGGCCCAAGUGGCCACCGUCGUCCUGGCUGCCCCCUCCCCGCGACAGCCAGGGGAGCCACCGGCCAAGAAUAGGGGGGCCGGUGCCUGGGGACGAAGAAUGGGGAGCUGCGUCGGGACUGAGGAUCGGGACCGUCUCUGCCUCCGUGGAAGGGACCCAAAAGCCCGUAAGCGGGAGAGAGGUUCUCCUCCGCCAAAUGCCACGGAGCCGGGAACGCGACGCCCUGGGCGACGCGCUUCGCGAACGGUUGCUGCCGCGCAGCUUGUGAAGUGGGGUGCAGGGUGCGCGUCUGGACCCCGGCCCCGCCCUUGGCCACACGCAGGGGUGUGUCGAGUGGGACACGGGGCAUGCGGAGGUCGGGGCGACGGGGAUGUGUGCUUGCCUCCGCCUGGACGGUCUCUGGGGCUCCAGGAGACCCUGUCGGCGGCAGUGGGGACGCUGGUGUGCGCUGGGAGAGGCCUGGUUUCGGAUGUUGGCUAUUUUAUGCGGUUUGACCGUUUAGUACCCGUUUCUUUGUGUGUCGUUUGUUAACUAAAUAAAGUCAGAAGAGUUUUGCAUCAA